UAUCGGUGCCUCCCUGCCACCGCUUCCGCCGUUCGUCUACAACUGCGACUGAGGGAGAGUUGCAGGCCUCAUUAGAGACGAUCUCUUUGCUUUUCAGGUUCGUGGCGGCGGCUCCAAAGUCCAAACGACGAUUGCAGAAAAGGUUUUGCCAGAGCUCCAGUGCGUUUCCCCUCUAUAAAUAUGAGUCCCAGAGCAGGUUCAUGUCUCAGGCCCUGAGAGUUCAACAGAUUGCAAUGGCUCGUAUCAGUAUCAACCCCGCAGCGUCCACCGUCCUCUCUCUCAGAAGGCGGGCAUUUGCCGUGGUGGCGGCGGAGGAGCGGCGAGCACCGGCGACGGGAGGGGCGAUGGAGGGGAGAGUGACUUCGGCGGCGGCGGAGAAGGUGUACUGGAUGAAGGACCCGAAGACGGGGAACUGGAUGCCGGAGGAUCGGUUCGGCGACGUGGACGUGGCUGAGCAGCGAGCACGGCUUCUCAGCUGCUGGCCUGCGGGCAGAGCAAGCAACUGAACCGUCUGCUGUUUUUAUCUAAGAUUUGGCAUUGCAGAAUAAGGAAUCCGUGGUGUGAAUUUCAGAUUAAUUCCGGAGUAUUAAGCUUGUGGAAGAACUACGUGUUGGGAUUUCUAGUUUCUCAUACACUUUUUAUCAAA